AUGCGGAGUACUCGUCUUGUCAAAGCUCAACAGUUAGUUGAUGAGAUUGUUUCAUUGAUUUGGAGAUUGUGUAAAAGAAAUUCGGGGAAUGAAGCUUGGGAUAGAGAAGCACGUCGCGUGAUUAGAAGAAACUUAUCUGAUUAUUUCGGAGAUUUUCUGCCGAAGGAUAAUGAUAAUUAUUUCGGUCAUUAUCUGCAGGUAUUUUGUUGUUCUCAUGUACCAGCUUCUUUAGCAAUGUUAUAUAUGUCUCCUCAAAAUAUGAUAUUUGGCAAUGAGUUGAUUCAAGAGUUGAUUACGUUAAUUUCUUUACUGCCUCGACAUCUCUCCCUACAAUGUAUACCAAUAUAUUUAGAGAUUUGCAAGGCGUUGCGUGGGAUGCCAUAUUACUGCAACGAUGCUAUGUUUAACACGUGCCGAAGAUGUCUUAGUGACAUGGUCAAAUGUACCGAGAUGAAGACUGCACCGAAUGGAGCUGGCUAUGCUUAUCUUGUUAAUUUUAUAAAAGACAUGCAAACUUUUGUUGCAGAGGCUGCCGAUGAGAUAGUUCAUUCUAUGGAUGCUGGUAUAGAACCGGAUACAAGGAUGAGUCCCUCACAUCCUUUAUUGACUGAGGUUGUCUAUCUCAAAAACUUUCUGAUGCCUAUAGAAACAUUUAUUACAGAGGAGCUAUUCUUUGAGUUUCGAUACAGAAAGGUAUCUCAGGAUGGUCCUUAUCAAGAAUUUAGUAUCAUGUUUGAGACUUUCUUUAGGCUGCUGAACAAGAUGGAUUAUUGUCUUGAAGAACUGGAGAAGUUAUUGCCGACUAAGAGUGAAAAUCUUGGGUGCUACCAGUAUGUUGCAAUCAUAAUGGAGCUGAAUAAUAUGUCUAAGCACUUCCCAGACUUAGCAAAACAGUUUUGGACAACUUUGAGGAAUAGGAAGCUUUCUUUCAGCUAUUUAAUUAUUAAAUAUGCUAGCAAGGAGGAUGAUUAUGAAUGGAUUUCGAUGCAUAAAGAGGUGACAAAUUUUGAGUGCAGAAGGCAUUUGGCAAUGAUGUUACUUGCACGAGUUAGUGGUGAGGAUAACAAUCUGAUCCAAGAGAUCAUGCUUAUUGACAGAUCACGAUUGUUGGAGGACUCUUUUGAAUACAUUGCACACUCUGAGGCUGAAACACUUCGAGCUAGUUUAGAUUUGCAGUUUAAAGAUGAGGAAGCUACUGGCCCUGGUGUUCUGAGGGAGUGGUUUGUCUUAGUUUGUCAAGCCAUAUUUGACCCUCGAAAUGCCCUCUUUGUAGCUUGUCCAAAUGAUCGUAGAAGGUUUUUUCCGAAUUCAGGUAAUCAGCUUGUUGCUUCUGUCAUUCUACUUUGCCCUAUAUAUGAUUCAUAG